ACCCCCUUCCCCGGCGGCGGAGGGGCGGCCGGGGUGACCUGGCUCCGCCAUCUUGCUGUACGGCUGGCGGCGGCCCGGGCCGGCGGGCGGGGGCCGGGGCGGGCCCGGCCGGCAGCGGCGGGCGACAGCCGGAGAUGGUGAUCUGCUGCGCCGCCGCCAACUGCUCCAACCGGCAGGGGAAGGCGCACCGGGGCGCCGUCUCCUUCCACAGAUUCCCUCUGAAGGAUUCAAAGCGUCUCAUUCAGUGGCUAAAAGCUGUUCAGAGAGACAACUGGACUCCCACCAAGUAUUCGUUUCUUUGCAGUGAGCAUUUCACCAAAGACAGUUUUUCUAAGCGGCUGGAAGACCAGCACCGGUUGCUGAAGCCCACUGCUGUCCCUACUAUUUUCCAGCUUGCAGAGAAAAAACACGACAACCUGGAUUAUGUCAGAAGCAGAAGAAAAAUAGCAAGCCAGGUGCCACUGCAGGAUGGAGAAGACCCAAGGGAAGGAGGCUGUGAGGUAGUUCAGAGGACCUCAUCUUCUGGCCAGGACUUCAUGGUGAUGCAAGGGACAAAAGAGAUGGAGGAGGCGACUUUGCAAACGGAAAUUGGAUCGAUGUCUGAGGAAGAAGAGAACCUCCACAGCCAGCUGGACAGCCCUCAGAGAAGGACGUUAGGUGAUAAUUUGGUUGCAAAGCCUGGACCUCAGAAAAAGCCCAAGAGAUCUUCUGCAGAGGACUGUCCUAAAGCCAACUGGACUGGCAGCUGGGUUGCAGACAGAAGUGGUGUGUCGGUCGAUGACUUCACGCCGCCUGCCUCUGGUGCUUGCAAGUUCAUCGGCUCCCUUCAUUCUUACAGCUUUUCCUCUAAGCAUGCCAGAGAGAGGCCGUCGUUCCCAAAAGAGCAGCUAGAAAGGAAAAGGCCAAAGAGAGACGUGGAACCAAGCUGCAGCAGCCAUCUUACAGGACAUGAUAAGGCCGUAGCGGAAGGUUCCCCUACUUCAUCCCUCACUGCGACCCCUCAGAAACCUUCCCAGGGUUUGUCAGCAUCCCCAGCAGACCUUACCCCUCAGCCUGCUGCUGAGGCUGUGGUGGGGCAGAAGGGUGACACAGAUGCCAACCCCAUGUCAAUCAACGAGGUCAUCAUGUCAGCCUCAGGAGCUUGCAAGCUUAUUGACUCUCUCCACUCGUACUGUUUCUCCUCCAGGCAAAGCAAAAGUCAGGUGUGCUGCUUGCGUGAGCAGGUAGAAAAAAAAAACGGAGAGUUGAAACUCUUGAGGCAGAGGAUCAGUCGCUCUGACAGUCAAGUCAGGAAGCUGAAGGAGAAGCUAGAUGAGCUGAAGAGGAUCAGUUUCCCUUACUUGAACAGCCUCCUAUCUCAGGACUGUGAGACUCCCCAGCUGAAUCCUGUGAUGGAACCCCUGUCCUGGAUGCUGGGCACCUGGCUUUCAGACCCACCAGGAGAUGGCACCUUCCCUACAAUGAAGCCCUUCCAGUACCUGGAAGAAGUGCACAUCUCUCAUGUGGGGCAGCCCAUGCUCAACUUCUCGUUCAAUGCCUUCCAUCCGGACACUAGGAAGCCCAUGCACCGAGAAUGUGGAUUCAUCCGCCUCAAACCUGACACUAACAAGGUGGCCUUCAUCAGUGCCCAGAACACAGGUCUGGUGGAGGUGGAGGAAGGGGAGGUGAAUGGACAAGAGCUGUCUAUAGCUUCUCACUCCAUAGCCAGGAUUUCCUUUGCCAAGAAGCCCCACGUAGAACAGUCUUCAGGACUGUCCCCUCAGUAUGUGGGUGCUGAGGGAACUGGCUGAUAACCCCUGCAAGGCUGCUGUGUUAUCUUUGAAAGAGGAUGGAGAUCAGCGGAGUUUCCCGAUGACUGGAGACCCAUGGCACAUGGGUUACCCAUCUUCAGAAAGCACCUGAGGGUCAAUCUGGAGAGCUACAAGCUGCUUAGCCUCACUUCAGCCCCUGGAGGUUUCUGCACAUAUGAUGAAGGUGAUUGGGCACAGUCAGUGUGGUUUUACCAUGGGUAAAUUGUGCCUGGCUGACCUGGUUGUCUUCUGUGACAAAAUGACUGGAUUUGUGGGUGAGGGGAGAGCAGCGGAUGUCACUUAAGUUGAUUUCAGCAGUCUCCCACGGCCCUUUCCUAGGGCUUCAUGUUUCCUCUCCUGUGUGGGAAGUAGCAGUAUCCCCGUGUGUCUCAGGUGGAUAUGGAGCUUGCCCUCCCAUGGUACCAUCAGCCAGCCUUUUACUGAAGCUCACUUAUAAGAGAAAAAUCCCCCUCCUCUUUUUUGCACAGUUGAUUUAAUUACCUUGUUUGGCAUUCUGACUUUGUCUGACCUGCAGUGGUGCAUUCAGAAAAAAAUGGGCCGUUCCGAAACCCUGAGCCGAGGUCACAUGUUGAGAAAUAAUUUCUUGUUAAAGAUGCAUGUCUCUUGUAUUCCUUUUAAUUGCCUUUUCCUGCUUAGGGUAUUUGAGGAAUGCUGUCAUGGAUUACAAAAAAAGCCCCAUCUGAUCAGCAAAUUUUAAUCAAAACAUCAUUUGAGUGUGACCCUGUUCCUGCUGUUCCCCCCAUGAACAUCAGACCAGUGGGGUGUCCUCUGCAGCCCUGCGUAGCUUCAUGCCCAGCUGGCAAUAACCUCCUGGAAGGAGGAUGUGUUGGGUAUUGACAUUAAGAGCACACUGCGGGUGUAGAAGCGGAUGUGUUAAUGGAGAGGAUGCUGUGUUGGAGCAUGCAGAGUGGUGAUAGCUCAUGGAUAAGCCCUUGAGUGACCUCCACUGGAAAUAAAUGCAUUUGCAAAAGCCUCUGCAUUUUAGGAACUUCUAGGUGGGGCUUGUUUAAGUGACUGCAAAUUAAUCGUGCUUGCAGGUUAUCCUGCUUUCCCUAGGACUUUAUUUCUGUUCACCCAUGGGAUUGUGUUAGCAUGGGAAACAGCAAGUGGCCGCCAGGCAGUAUAAUCAGCUCUUCUGGAUGAUGUGGAGGGAAUCUAUGCAGAAAUCAUGUGAAGGGCCAGAGUUCAGGGUGCACAGGGUCUGUGCCGAGCUCCAUCCUUACAGCAGAGCUUGCUUGGGGAGCUACCCUGCCCUGGGGUCAUCCACAUAGUUACAUGGCCAUCUUCCUGCUGGGCUGGCCAGUUGGAGUGAUGCCCUCCAGAGCAUUUCUCUGGAACAGGAGGUGAGGUUCAAAAAGGAUGAUCCCACUUUCUUCCUUUAUUUUGGAAAC